AUGUCAAAUCAGAGAGCCGUUAGGAGUUCUCUGCUGCAAUCCACAAGCGCAACAAAAGCCAGUAUUUAUAGCAACUUUACGCCAACAGCCACAUCAGCGAAUGCGCCAAGUGCACCACCCAGCAUUUGCCAGGUCUGUGGCGAUCAGAGUUCGGGCAAGCAUUAUGGAGUUCUCUGCUGUGACGGCUGUUCAUGCUUCUUCAAACGCAGCGUACGCAAGGGUACAAUGUAUACCUGCAUCGCUGCAAAAGGUAAUUGCAUUGUGGAUAAAGCACGCCGCAAUUGGUGUCCAUAUUGCCGGUUGCAACGUUGCCUAGCCGCCGGCAUGAACGUGACCGCUGUGCAGGAGGAGCGCGGACCACGCACACAGGCGGCCACAGCGACAGCAGCGGCUGUUAAACAUGGUUCAAUAAGCUCUCCACUGGCGCGUAGCAGUUUCGCCUGCUAUAAUAAUCGCAAUGCUGGCAUCAGCUGUGCAACGUCUCAUUAUGCAACACCUGUGCGAAGACCACACACUGGCGUUCCGAAUGCGGUUAUCGCCUCUGGUAAUACGAUGAAUUUCCAAAUACUUGCACAAAUCCUAGUCACCUGCUUGCGACAAGCUAAAUGUAAUGAACAAUUCCGUACACUCACAUCAGUGCAACAGGAGGCCAUUUUGAGUGUUGUGUGGAAUGAGUGUUUUGUGCUGCGCGCCUCACAUUGGUCCCUUGACAUAAGCGCUAUGAUUGAUGCCUGCGGUGAUCCACAAUUGCGGCGCGUUAUUGCGGAAGCUAAACAGCUGCGAGCCGAUGUGAUGGAGUUGAAUUUCCUAGAAACUCUAAUACUUUGUCGGAAAGAAUUGGCUGUUAGCGCUGAGAAUGCGGUCCUGCUGGACAGUUAUACGAAUAGCGCAUUGGUUUCGCUGGCGCGCUACACAAUGCAACAGUCAAACUGGUUGCGUUUCGGCACGCUGUUACUGGGGUUAAGGCAAUUGACGCAGCGCUGCUAUGAAAGCUUGUUGUCGUCGCUAUUUCGCACAGUUGUUAAAGAUAUUGUAAAGAGUUUGUAA